UUUAAUUUCGGUGUUCAGAAGGGCAGCUGAUGGCGGGGAGGAGCAGUGGCCAGGGGCGAGGACACCAACACCUCCAAGGUCUUUCCCAGCACUUCCUGUGUGGCGCAGCUCCUCUGUGUGCUGCUGCUGAGGUGCCGCCACACAUUCGCCGCUCAGAGAAGAAGGAAGGAACUGAAGUCAUGGAGCAGGAGGUACUCAUCAGGGUGAGUCACUCGGCCCCAUACAAACCUCCACCUUUCAAAUGCUCCUUUAUGGUCGAGUGGCGGAGAAGAUCUACAGAUGAUUUGUCCAACCUCCCACUCCCCACACUGAAACAGUUGAAGAAGGAGUUAGAAAUCAUUGUGCAGGAGGCUUCAGGAGAGCUUGUAGGUCUACUGCAGAAGCGUCAGGGGCUACAAGAGGAGGUUGACAUUCGUUCCAUUACUAUAGAACAGCUGCUCAAGUUUGCAGAGAGACGACAGCUCCAACUUGGUGAACCCCUGGCUAUACAGAUGAGUGUCGUCAGAAAUCACUGUCAGGAAGCUAGUAGUGAAAAUGGGCUUGGCUAGUGUUGGGGAGAGAGUAUUCUAGUGGAACCUAUUCCCUGUGGGCCAGUAGUGUGGGCAGUCAUGGUGUGUUAGGGUUGUUCACAUUUAUAAACUAGACAAUAAUUUCUCUUAUUUAUUUUUAUUUUUUAUUAAAAUAAUGAUUUCUUCUAGUUUUUUCUGGUGAUUAGAUUGAGUGAAGACUUUUUUCACUUUAUUGGUGAACUAAAAAUUAUGCAUAUCAUGAAGAGUAAGAUAUAUGUACAUUUGGAUUGUACUUGUAGUAUCAAGCAUCUAGUUGAAUUUUUUUUAUUCUGAAUACUGUAGUGACAAAAGAAGCAUCAUAGUAUUGGUAGCUUAAACUUCUCAAUAUUUCUCUAUCAGAUAUAUAAUUUUGACCUGUUUUUGUCUGGUGUAGGUGUGUGUGUGUUUGGUUGUGAUGAAUGUUAAAACAGAGUUUUUAUGAGAAAGACACAGUUGAUGAAACAUGCUAGUGUUUUUAUUAUAUGAGUAGUGCAUCUCACAAAGUCAGUUUAUUAUGAGAAUUAGAACUUUAAUUAGUGUGGAAUUAUAUUUCUGUGUUGUGUAACCUCAGCAUGUUUGAGUAUUUUCAUCAUCCCUGGUGUGGGAUGGUAGGCAGGUGCAAAGUACAGUACAUAAUAUAUGCCCUCCAGUAGAAAAGACAUUUUAAGUCCAAAGAUAAGCAGUCCAACCCACUCAGAUCCAUUGAGCAUUAUUGUGUUACACUUCUUAAUUGCCUUGAUGAUAAUUUCUGUGUGUAGAAGGUGUUGAUAUGUAAAUCAAUCUUAAUAUUUUAUUUUUGUAGGUGGCAUAAAUUGUAAAGUUUGCUAACUAGAACAUAAAUUCCAAUUGGCAUUUAUUGUGUGAAUGCCUAGCACCUGAGUUGAAUUUUGGUUGAUGAUGCCAGACAACUGUAGUACAUCUAAAAUCAAUCCAAUUUGCUAAAGUAACUUAACAUAUUAUUGUAUAAUAAAGAAAAAAAUCCAGGGCCUAUUUAAGGAACCUGUAUUUCAGUGGUUCUCAACCUUGUUUGCCCCAUGCACCCCUUUCACCAUAUGUCAGAAUGUCAUUCCCCCCUCCUUUCCAAGAUUGUCUGCCUCAAAAAGUGCAUUCCAAAUAAUAUGCAUAUAAUACU